AUGCAUAGUGCAAUUGAGGAGAAAUUUGAGCUCAUGGAUAUUAUGAGGUAUACAGUACCUACCCCUUCCCCUGCAGGCACUCCUGAAUGCGUGAUGAGUGCGCUCAGACAGCAUACCCCACUAUAUCUCCUUGAUGUUUAUCUCUACGCCUCUGGCAUUCCAAUUAGGGCCCUUCUCCAUCCCUCAAUGUACAGCCGCGUGCUAAAGGGAUGGCUGAAAAUAGGAAGCAUUGUGAAGAUCCUAGGAAUUGAAGGGGACAUGAUUACAGAGCUGGAGCGGACAGAAGAGUGUUCUGAAAGAGAUCUCACAUCGAUUAAAAAAGAUGUGUAUAUAACACUGCCAAAUCCAAUAUAUAGCCCAAAGGGAUACUACAUGCCUCUUCUUUCAGACGAAGGAUAUAUGAAGUGGGACCGAAGGUGGAAGCGAUUUCUGGAGAAAUAUUUGAGCGAGGCAGAUGACCAAGAAAUUCUAUUAGCUAAUAGCCUAGAGGAGCUAGGGGCUCUUUCUAAGCAAGGGGCUGGCGGGGCAGCGACUGGGAAAAAGUCGCAUUUAGUAAUUCGCUCUGAAGAGGAAGACAAGAAAAGCCUGUUUGAGCCAAAAGCAAGAGUUAAUCAGGCUGGAUACAAAAAUGCACAAAACAACACUAUAUGUGGCCAGGUGAUUCUUAAGAGCAGGCUGUUUACCUUUUCCUCAGGAGGGAGCCUUCCUUUGUUUUUCUCCUUUAUUUUGCUUACAUCCGCAGGCCUUGUUAAGGUGUAUGUUUGGAAGCUGGCAGUGCGCAAGUUCUUCUGCAUAAAGGAGGGAGACUCCAUCUUCAUCCGGGGGUUCAAGAUCAAAAGGCGGCCUGGUGCUCUUCUAAUUGCAGACAGGACAAACACAGACUCAGAUACAAAAUACGCAUCGAUUCCAGAGAUUAGCGUGAAUCUUACUGAGCCCACUGGCCACAUUAUGGAAAUGGAAAUGCUGCACGGGCUCCCUAAAGUUCCAUACGACCCAGAGUUUACCACUGUUAUUGGCACAGUUGAGUAUGUAAGCUCUCUGUUUAGGUACAGAGAAGGAAAGGCCCGGAUGAAGUUCAGAGAGUAUGUCUAUCUAAAGGUUUCUGGGAUCAUUAUAAAGCUAUUAGCAAAUGACACAGAAAGCAUCAUAGACAUAAAAACAGGCACUUCAAUUGAGGUGCGCCAUCUGAGAAAAGGAACAAUUGGGCCUUUUGAGUUUUAUAUUUCAUCGCUUUAUACACAGUUCUACCUGGAUAGGUCAAAUGCCCCGCUAUUUGACAAGCAUGUUAUAACAGGCGACUCAACAUCAGUGGCAGAAGAGAACGCAAUGGGAUACAUACCUGUCUGCUUCAGCACAUACUGCGAGCACAUGACCGCAGCAAACGAUGGAAUUGGCGUUCUGUGCAUUAAAAAUAAGCCAAUCCCAAGAGAGUCCCCUGACUCAGCAUACAUCAAAAAAGACCGCAUGUACUUUGGGGAGCUGCGUUCUUUAUCGGAAGCAAUGGAGGAGAUAAACAGUCUCUGCAUGGACGAGCUUAAAAGAUUUGUUGUUGCAGGGAAGCUGGCUGCUGUAAAGUAUCAGUCACAGGGAGACUGCACAAUAGGAGACUCUACUGUAGACAUAUCGUAUAUGGCAACUGAAACCACAAUAGAGGAGAUUCAAGAAGAAGACAUAGACAGAUCCUCUGGGAUAUACGAAAAUACCUUUUGCACAAAAAUAGAAGAGAAUAUUGUGCUUAGAAUUCAAGACAAGUCUUGCUUCAUUGACAUCCAGGUCUUCCAAAACCACUUAGUUUACGACAGCUUUGAAGAAAGCGUGCUGGACUUCCUUAAAGCAGAGAAAACUAGCGCAUCGAUCUACGAAGAGCUGAAAAAAAGGGUGGGGAAUGAGUACUAUGUGGUUUUUGAUGCAAUUCGGGUUGAUGAAGAAGUUGUUUUGCACGUUGGUGUCUCUCUGCUUGUGUAG